UUUAGUCUCCUUUAAUAUUUUUGUUGGCUUUCAGAGGUGUAAAGUUCCAUUAGUUCUAAUUUUUCUAGUUAUUGUGAUUUUGCUUCAGACUCCUGAGUAUCCUGUUUAGCAUGUGACGGUAUUUCAAGGUGUGAUCUGAUGGUGUGAUCAGGUGGUUGAGGGAGGAGCCAGUCUGCCCAAGCUGUAAAUUGCGUACGGAAGCUGUGAAAGCUCAAAUAUUGUCUUUUCGUAAAGGCAUCUCUCUUUUUUCGUGUUUCGAGUUUUUGACUCUUUGGAUCAUUUUGGUUAACCAAAACGAUCUAAUGUAAACUUUUCAUUUAGCCUGUUUUGUGGGGCGCGAGCGCGAGUUUACAGCGGACACGCGCUUUUUCCACCUUCUGGGCGGAGCGGAGUUGACGAUGUCCCAGCAGGAAGAGCCUCUGUAUGAUUUCCCAGAGCCCAUCCAGCCAUCUCAGCGCAAGCUGCUGUGUCAAAGGGGACGUGGCUCUCUGAGAAGCAUCAGUGUGCUAGAUCGUCUCCUGCUCACAGUCCCUGUGUGGCUUCAGCUGUCAAUCAACCCUGCCACCGCACUGCACAUCCUGCAGAGAGAGCCUCCUGGGACAUUCCUGGUGAGGAAGUCCCGCACAUCCAAAAGAAAUGUGCUCUGUGUCCGUUUGGCGGACGACAGCGUUCCAUCCUUCGUUCAGCAGUUCGGCAUCAGGGAGGAACAGUCCACUCUCUCUCUGGAGACUUCUGCCAUCAGCUUCCCAGAUCUUCCGAGGCUUCUUUCUUUCUACUGUGUCAGCAGAGACGUGUUAACCUCCCCGCUGGAGCUCCCUGAAGCCAUCGCUAAGGCAUCCUCACACAAAGAGCUGGAGUCCAUCUCCCACAUGGGAGUUGAGUUCUGGAGUUCCCAUCUAAAUGUCCGUGGGCCACGCGUGGUACCGAAACCCAGGAUAGAGGAGAAGAAGCCAGAUGCUGCAGCGUCAGCACCACCCGACACGCCGCUGGAGUCAGCUCCUCAUCCAGAUUCAGAAAGCCAGCCUACGGAAGUGCCAGAAUCAAACUCUAUCAGCAAAGAAACCGGUCCAAGGCCCACUUUAUUCCACGAGUUUUGCCCGAUCAGGACACGCAGCCCCAGAGAGCUGGACUGCGGCUCGGGUCAGGGUGCGCUCUGUUUCAUCAACCCGCUUUUCCUGCAGACUCAGACGAGCUUGUCCAGGCGGCGCAUGUUCAAACACAGCCUCAAGGUUCGGGUUUCCACGGAGACUUCAACGCUGCUCUCACCUCCGCUCGCGCCGCCACCUCCUCCGCCUCUAAUUGCAAAAACCAAAAGGAAAUGUAAAGGGCCAAAACAGGGGCCCUGUGGGGUUAAAGCAGAUCAAACAGCUGAUGACUCACAGCCUCCCACACAGACACAGGAGACACAAUCAGCUCCUCCUGCCUCGCUGGAGACUCAGUUGGAAAGUCAGGAGGAGAUGCAGAGGAGUCAAAUCAAGGAUGACACCUCAUCUCAGCUCCCAGUGAUAACAGAGCCUGUUUUAGAUGAAUACAUGACGCCUCAGCCUAUCAACUCCCACUCUCUCUCCCCCUACCAGUCACCAGUGGUUUCUCCCAGGGCAGCUCCUCUUUUCCCCAAAGUUUAUCCAUCCCACUCUCCUCACGAGUCUCCCUCUGCCUCCCCCUCUCUCUCACCCUAUCAGUCCCCAUCUUUAUCCCCUAGAAUUCCUGCGUACCUCUCACCAAACUACUCUCCCAGCAUCUCCCCUUCUCCCUCUCCAUCGUCCUCCCCCCUGACAGAGCAGGUCUGCUGUGCACAGACCACUCCCCCAGGAGCCGAGGAGGAAACGCACACGGAUGGAGAUGAAGAUCACAUCGGGGACCUGAGCGAGGAGGAAAGCGUGGAUUUCCUGAGGAGCGCUUCGUCUCUGGAGGAAAUUCAGACCUGCAGUUCGAACAGCGACGUUGAAUCAGAAGCUCCGCCUCUUUUACCGGAUAAACAAGCCUCGGACGAACAGACUGAAUUUCAUCACGUUUAAAGCCAUUUUCAAAUAUUUAAAAUGAUGCAAAGUCUUUAUUUACAUAUAUGGAUCCGACUUGCUGCUUUAAUUUAAGCAACUCUCUCUGCCUUUCAGCACUAUUGAAUAAAUAAACCCAGUC